UCCGUCAGUUUAAUAUUAUGUUAUUAUAUCGUGUGAUAAAAUUCAUGUCUUCUCUAUAGGCUUAUGUAAAUAAUUCGCAAUGUAACACUUUGAAACUAAAUGAAACAAGAAACUUAUAGUUUUAAAAUUUGUUUGUGUCGAUUUAAACAGCUUAAAGUCAAUCUGACAAACUACGCAUUCGAAAAUCUGAUAUAUAUUUGGAUUACAUACAGGCAAUCUCAUAAUGAAUAUCUUGAAAAAUAGCCAUGCAUGUAAUGCCGCAGUACAGACACUAUUGUGCAUAUUGUUGUCACAUCCACAAAGGAUAUUUGCUGUGAGCAUCUGCGACAAGAUCAAGUCGGCGUCGGCAGAACAAGGUCCAGACAUGCCCUACAUUCCCGAAAACUUUCAAGUUAACGUAGAGGCAAACAUAAUGAACAAACUGAAAACUGUUUCAGCCAAACUGUACUUUGAUUAUCCGGGAAACCGAGCUUCACUUAAGCUACUUGAAAAUGGAAUAGAUGGACGAAUAAUAUUCAAUUUCCAGACUGACGAAAUCUAUAAAAUAUCAGGAGGAAUAUGUACUACUAGUCAGCUUUCAACCAGCGAUUACAUACAGUGGUUUGGAAUGAAUCAAAUGAACGGGAAAAUACAUAUAAACAGUUCAAAGUCGGCUUUGCAUUUCGGAAAUCAGUUUGGAGAGGUAUUUGUUGGCAAAGAAUAUGUACGUGGCAUAGAGGUCAACCACUGGAUAAGUUGUCCUAGCAUUCCGUCUUGGAACAAUUUUACCAUAGACUACUAUUUCAGUGCAAGUAAUUGGUCCACUGCAUCAACAGUGCCGUCUGCUCCUCUGAAAGCAGAAGUAAACGGUUCAAAGACAUUUGCCAAUGGAACUGUCUACAAUAUGUACCAUAUCUACGACUAUUACAAUUAUAUACCUGGUAUCGACGAUGUAGAUGAUGCAAUAUUCCAGACUCCUACCAAUGUUGCUUGUUCAGGAAGGAAGCAAGGAAAACCCUUACCAAAAUUACCACAACGAUUUUAUUACAGAACCGAGAGAAUAUACACAGAUUUAUCAACCGUAACAUUUGAAGAUACAUGGUACGAUGAGACUUUCAAGUUAUUUAGAAGGGACUAUCAUCCAUUGAUGCCAGUGUAUCCGAUCUAUACAACACAUCCAAUUACAGAAAUUCACGAUUACAAAACAGGGGUUCGUUAUGUUAUUGACAAGUCAUACGGUAACUGCACCACAACAGCACUGCCAUCAAAUCUGAUGGACGCCUCUCUCAAUAUCACAGCAAGCAAGUACAAUGGAUCGUUUGUAAUAAACAUGAAGAACCCACUCCAGUUGUUUCAUCUAAAUUGGAAUUAUACCUACAUUGGACAGAACCAAGUACGAGACAUAUUGUGUGAUACAUAUGUUGCUGUGGCGCAAAACUUGACAAUCAAUGGAUUUGUGAGCAACCAAAAAACCGUGAUUACUUUCUACUUUUCAGCUCAAGAAUGGACCCAUGUGUACGACUCUGAUAAAGGAAUGACCCAAACAGCUGUACCAGUGAAAAUGGAUGUCGUAACCAGUGAGAUUGGAUUCAGUACCACUUUCAAUUUUCUUGACUUCGACCCCAACCCACCGACUCUGGACGUGUUUGAUAUCAACAAAUGUUUCUUCGAAGCAAAUAAAAUCACCUUUCAACUGAAAUUUCCAGGUACGCUUAGUUCGUUGGAAGUUCCAGCUAUAAAGGAAUGGACACAUCUUGUCCUUGCAGAGAAAAUGGAGGUGUCUAUUCUAAGAAUUUCUAACAUUAACCUAGAUUAUGAUGACGCUAAUGUUUUUGUGAGUGCGACAUUAUUAGAUAAAACUGCAUAUUCCGCACAAUUUACAAAGAUAGAAGGAAAGAAAAUGGAGACGCGUGAUGACCAGAUAAUCUACAAAACAUCAAGUUCUGUAAAAUGUGCCAGCUACUGUGUGAACAAUCCGAGCUUUAUCUGUAACAGUUUUGAUGUGUGUAGCGACGAUACCACAUGCCACCUCAGCAAGAGACAUACAGACGAUGGUGUCGUAAUAAAUACCGUCAAAACUUGCGAUCAUUACUCAAGAAAUGUUAACGGAAUUCUACCAGAAAAAAGUAUAGCGGAUGCUUAUCAACUUCUGAGAACAAACGUGUAUAACAGUAGCCUACAGCUGAACAGACUGGGAAAUAAGGUAUACACGGCUGUUGACGUUACGUUGACGUUUGGUUGGGUGACGCCCAAUAAGAACUUACCCGCGCAAUUAUCCGACGCCUACAGCUAUGAAGUCGAGGUGUCGAUACCUGCUGACGAACAUGUUUACACGAUAAAGGUCUCGUAUGACGAUGGAUUUCAGAUGAUUCGCUACGAGCCGCAUUACAACCGUGUUGUGUACCCAUACUACACUACCAAUCCUCUAUCAAUAGUAGAAGACUAUAAUACAGGUAUUAAAUACGUUACGGAUAAAGUGUAUCGUAAUUGUACAGUAACACAGAUUGGGCAGCAUGAUUUUGGGGCAAUUAUGUCUCCAGAUAAAUCCACCAACUCAACCUAUAAACUGUUCAUUAAAGACCCGUUACAACUGUUUUACAUUGACGAUACUUACUUUUUUGUUGGACAGCAAACCGUACGCGGAAUGACUUGCAAUGUGUUCGAAUCAUUACGGAAAGAUUUCAUCUAUAAUAACAAAGUUGUAAAUGCGAUAUUCAGAUACUCUUUUCUCUCCGAUGACUGGAUGGAAAUUAGCGAGGGAUAUUUGGGAGGAGCCGUUGGUCAGCCUGUAAGACUGGAAAUCACAGUACUUCAGCCUACAUUCUACAUGGAAUAUAAUUUCUACAACUUUGAUACAGACCAUCCAGAUUUGUCUGUCUUUGAUGUGCCGCAUUGCUACAAGACGCAAAACACAAAACAAUUUCAAAUAACUUUUCCAGGAAAAUAUGAGGAGUAUCUUAGUACAAGUACUAAAAUGUUUCUGAUAGAAGCUACGUUUAUAAUGUCAAGGCUAUCCGGUGCUUCAAUACACAGAUUUCAACGCACACGUCUAGACCAUGACAAUGAUAAUAUUUAUCUGACAAGUUCUCUCGUGGAACAACCAAAUAAAAUGUUAUAUUUUACGAGAAUGAGAAGUGGAUAUGUACCGGAACAUGUAGACAAAGUUGAAGCUGUACCAGAGUCCCCUAGUGAAUGCGCCACCUCGUGUUUCAGCAACACAGACUUCAUGUGUAAUAGUUUUUACGUAUGCGUCGCCAGCAAUCAGUGUUUGCUGAGCGCAAAGCACGUUCCUGAUGGGCCUAAUCAAACACAUACUACCUGUAUAUCUUAUUCAAGAACUGUGAAUAAUUCAACCGCAGAAGUCACCAACUUGGUAGCUUUUUUGAAUCUACAAAAUGCUGUUUUUACUAAUAAUCUUACACUGAAAAUCCCAAUACCGGGCACAGACAAGUAUAACUUACAGAACAAGAUUUUCUCGGCUACUUACAUCAAAGACGUAUUCCUGUCCGACAAGUUACACGAUAAUCAAGAUAAUGCACUCCUAAAUUUCGACAUUCAUUCGCUAUCGACGGUAAUUCCUGUUGAUGAAAGUCUGACUUUCUUAGAUGUGGGUAGCUGUGCAAGCGCUUGUCUCAAGCAAAAUGCCUUCCAGUGUCAUGGUUUCAGUUAUUGCCUCAACAAGUACUUGUGCGUGAUGAGUAAAACGCAUCCUGAUCAGAUAAAUAAUAACACCAUACAAAGCCAAGUGAACUGUACUACAUAUAACAGAAAAUAUAUGAAUGAAUUUGCCAAAGUGAAAGGCGUCAUUCCGCUUGCCUACUCUGCCAUUCCUUUUGGAACAACAGAGACGGAUGAAAAAUGUGCCCAAAUGUGUUCUAAGAAUAUUCAAUGCCGGAUGUUUGAAUACUGUACAAACACAAGACAGUGCGUGAUGUACGAUGAGAGGAACUUCGGUCAACAGAGUAACCUAUCACUAACAGCAUGUAAUUUAUUCACAAGCCCUUACGACAAAGACUUUCAGUCAAAUAAUGCAGGAUCCUUCACGUUUACCUCCGUCAUAUCAUUUCAAGGGAUAACAAAAAGUGAUUGCGCAAGAAACUGUGUUCAGUUACAGAAGAGUAAAUGCACAAGAUUUUACUUUAGUGUGAAGACAACAACGUGCUAUCUACCUGGAGACAGUGGUAUUGUUACAGUGGCAAAUGCCUCAGGUGUUGGGGACUUCUGUGAUGAAUAUAAACGAACGUUUUUUCCAAGGUCAGAUAAUGUGCCAACGGCUGCGACUUAUACAAGACCUAAACCUGUAGUAAUCUCAAGUGCAUCUACAUAUUUAGCAUCGUCAGUCACACAGAAAAUAACAAAAUCUUCUGCAUCGACUCUACAAAAUACCGUCACAAAUUCCCAAACUUCUACAUCUACCAAAAGUUUACCAUGUUCAUCAUUGCAACGCCAGUCUUCGAGUGAUUCAAAACAUACGACAGGGACAACAGUUGGUGUUGCCGUGGGAACAUUCCUGCUAGGAUUGUUGAUAGGGGCGGCAGGAUUAUACUUAUUUAACAAAUACCGUAAUCUCGAUAAAGACGGAUUAAAAACAAACUUUAUCGAGCAUGAAGAUAUGUGAGAUUCUACAAACUUCAUAACAUGUAAAAGAAUCUUAAGUUUACAAUUUGUCAGAACUGGAAUAGUUUUCUACCUCACUCAAAAUUAGCUCUAGAUAUUGUGAUAAUGUUUGCUUAGACUUUAAAACUGGGUGAAAGAAGAAAACUUGUUACAAUUGUUUCUUAUUGAUGCAAAUUGUUUGCUGUAUUCUGUUAAUAUCAAAGGCGAAUGUAGAUUUAGGUAAGACAUGCAACAUCAUACUUAUUAGAAGUAGCUUGUUCGUCCUACCUUCAUAUUAAAAACACAAAAGAUCUGUUACCUUAAGUUUCUGUAUAAAUUAUUUAAUUUAUCAUUACCCAUUUAAGAAGUUUAAAGUAAGCUCGACUGUGUCUGCAUCGCGUGUAUUUUUGUUUAAUUGGGCAAGUGAGCAUUUCAAGAGACACUUCUGAAACCAUAUCGCAACUGUCCAUUACGUUUCAAAAUAUGUACAGUUUAAUUGAAAAGAUCUUGAUUAAAGCCUUUUAAGGAAGAAACAUUUCGAUUAAAUGUUGUUAAUGGACAGACUCCAUUUGGUAUGCAGGUUUUACACAACCAAUUUUUAAUAACAUAGCAAAAAUCGAAUUGAUAACAUAUUUAUCUUAUAACUCGCUCCCUUUUUAUGGACAAUAGGAGCUCUCUUAAAUAUUUUUUGAAACUGUAUUGGCAGAUAUUUUGUCCGCCACUUGAAACUUUUAUCCCCGCUAAGGCUGCAGUACUUCAAAGGUAGAUAAUUCACCCAAAACACUUUUGAAAGGAUGAGUAAAAUGACCAGUUUUGUAUGUCUGACUAGUAUUAACGUGGGAUUUCACUUUUUUGCUACUUUCUACAACAACAUGAAGAUUUUCACAAUAGUAGCCGAAUGUUUUUACAGGCAGUUUGAGAUGAACGGACAUUUUUAUGAUAGACAGAAUGUUGUAGAAACUUAGUUCAUGAAAUAACUUUGCUUAACAAAGUUACAUUUUCUAUCUAUAGCAUCGACAGAACAAUGGUAAUAUUGAAUAUUCAUGAUAUGAUUUUGUAUUUUUAUGUCAUUUUUGUGAUUGUUUUUAAAAAAUAUGCUUGGGCAUCAAAUGAGUUAAAUUAUAAGAUGGCCUAUACUUAUAUUUUAUGAAAGGAGGAGGUUCAGUUUUGCCCAAAAAUUGCCUAAGACCCGAAAGUCUCUAAAUAACAAGUUUUCUUUCAUCGCGAAGUAUUCUUUUAUCAAACUGCACGCAAUAUUUUACAAGGUAUUCAUUAUCAGUAGGGGAAACUUUCCGUUUGGGAAGUCAAUCGCUAGGUUUUCCCCUACUUCAUAAAAGGGAAACUUGAUGCUAAAUAUUGUAACUUGCUUCCCGUUCGGGGAGUAAAUUCACCAUUUUUUGUCUUGUUUUAUUCAAAAGACCCGGUGCAUAAGAAUAUACAUAGUGUCAUUACAUGAGAUACACCAUUGUAAAAUAUGUCUAAAUUUCAACCGUUCAGUUUUUUAAUAUCUUAAUAAAUAUUUUUAUUCAACAUUGAAAAUACUUACUUUCAAAAUUUCCUGACUUGGAAAGCUCAUAUUAUAUAGAUUUUUAUUGAAUUGCUUGUCUUUAAUAGAGUACUUAAGUUACAGAAAUAAUACUAAUAAACCACUUUUAACAUUGCCCUGCUUGAUGAUUUCUAAAACAAAAUGAUAUUUCCAGAUGUUUAACACUAACAUCUGUCAAAUACACAGUUUAUACUCGUACACAUGCAGGUCUUUGUUACAGUUUUAUGUUGCUUAAAAUUAUACUGGCACUAAAUGAUUUUAUGCAAUAGUACGCAUCAUUAAAAGCUUUAUAUACGGACCUGAACAAAGACCUGAAAAUAGGACAAAAAUAAAUUAUCUAAAUGGUAAAGGGGUCAUAAUUCUGACUGAGUUCAAUACAGUGUAAAUAUUUAUACCCGUAUUUCCCGAUUGGGAAACUUUGAAAUUAAGAAAUAUAAAGGUUAAGUAAAAAUUUUAAAAAGAGUAAAACAAUCUAAACGGAAGAAAUUUAGAUAAUGUAUCUAUGUUUAUAUUGACAUAUUUCAUUUAAUGAUACCAACAAGUCAAAAAAUGAUGAUUUUGCUUCCCGAACGUGAAACACGUAACUAUACUUUUAGUAACAUGUUUCCCGUUCGGAAAGUAGGGGAAACCAUAAAUUGAUUUCCCGAACGGGAAGUUUCCCCUACUGAUUAUCAAAGAAAACUAUAUGAGGUAAAUGAAAGACUUUUAAGAUUAUGAGUGAGGGAAAAAAACAAGAAAAAAUAUCCAAGAGGGAAAGCCACCUUCCAAAAACGCAGCAUCCCCAACAACACUCGCGCACUACACACACACACA